GUCGCACGUACGCCUAGCAACGAAGUUAAGAAAGACUCGUACUGUAACACGUACGAUAGUCAGUAGAAAGCUCGAUCGGCACGAAGCUGCGUGAUCAUGGCGGCGUUGCCGUGCUUCGCUGUCCUCCGUCUCGUCCCCUUGCUUGCUAUGCUGGUGCAACAAGCUCGCUUGCUGCCGGUGGCUGUGGCGCGGACCAACCUGACCGCGGGAAUAUCACUGACGCCGCCCGGCUACAUCACCAGCCCGUCCGGCGGCUUCGCCUUCGGCUUCCGCGCCCUCGACUUUGACCCGACCAAGUUCCUCCUCGCCACAUGGUUUCGCUUCCGUGACGACGGCGGCGGCGGCAACUCCUCCUCCCAGCUGUCGCAGUCCGUGGUGUGGUUCGCGAAGCAGUCUCCCUACGGCACCACGCCCGUCGCCACAGCGCAGUCCGUCCUCAGCAUCACGGUCGACGGCAAGCUCACGCUCACCGACGUCGGCAACCAAGUGCUCUGGAGCACCCCGACGCCCAGCUUGAACGGCGGGUCGUCCGUCCUCGAGCUCAGCGACUCAGGCAACCUCCAGUUCCUCGGCGACAGGGGCAGCGUGUUGUGGGAGAGCUUCUGGUACCCGACGGACACGCUCCUGCCGGGCCAGUCCUUGGCUCUAGACGACCGGUCGGAGGGGAAGCUCUUCUCCAAGCGCGCGGACGCGGAGUUCACCACCGGCCAGUUUAGCAUGGGCAUCCAGACGGACGGCAACGUCGUUCUCUACGUCGACCUCCUCACCGGCAACAACGCCGCCAACGCCUACUGGCAGGAGCACACCAACAGCCCCGACAGCAACACGACGAUCACCUUCAAUGACCAUGGCCGCCUCAACUAUACUCUCCACAAUGGCACCGUCCGGAGCUUGAUUUCGCCAGCGUCGAUCUCCACCGCCGGUGAGUACUUCCGGUUCGCCAGGAUGGACCCCGACGGCAUCGUCCGUACUUACGCCCGCCCAAACAACGGUGGCGGCAACACGUCUUGGUUUGUCUCGGGCGCGUACCCCAGCGACGGCUGCAACAUGUGGACUUCCGGACUGCAGGGAAUGUGUGGCCCAGGGUCCUUCUGCGUCGAGACCAGUGACCGGCUCAAGUGCGAGUGCCCGACUGGGUACAAUUACACCGAUGCGCAGCACAGCGACAACGGCUGCACGCCAGGGUUCGAGUCGCAGAGCUGCGGCGGGGAGAACAGCUCCGACGAGUUCGCGCUCGAGGAGCUGCAGAACACCACCUGGGUGGCCUCGAUAUACUACAAGAAGUUCUCAUCGAUCACAGAGGAUCAGUGCCGGGACCAUUGCCUCAGCGACUGUUUCUGCGCGGCCGCUCUGGUGACCGACGGAGGGGACUGCGCGGAGGUGGCGGUGCUUACAUUCGGACGGCAGGCAAACGACGUCAGAACGAAGGCGCUAAUUAAGGUCCGGCGAACAAGUAACUAUCCAGUUGGAGCAUCGGCAAGAACGACAACCUCACUAAGUCCCUACAAGGUCGUCACCGUUUGCUUGGCCUUUCUCUUGGUGAUCACCGUCGGCGGCCUCCUGGUGAAGCAUUACCUCAGCAGGAAAAGAGAGAACCAGCGGCUGUUAAGCUUGAACGUGAGAGCGUUCAGCUGGAAGGAGCUCUACCAAGCCACCAAUGGCUUCGAGAAACUACUGGGCAAAGGCAGCUUCGGCGAGGUCUAUCAAGGAACGAUCAGAUCCCCACAGCCGCGCCUCAUCGCGGUGAAGAAGCUCAUCAACUCGAACGAGUACAGCGAGAAGGAAUUCACCAACGAGGUGCAGUCCAUCGGGCAGAUCCACCACCGGAACCUGGUCCGCAUGAUCGGGUACUGCAAAGAAGGCAAGCACCGGAUGCUGGUGUUCGAGUUCAUGCCGGGCGGUUCGCUCCGCAGCUUCCUCUUCAACCCUGAGAGGCGGCCGCCAUGGAGCUGGCGCGCUGAGGCCGCGCUCGCCAUCGCCCGGGGGCUGGAGUACCUCCACGACGGCUGCAGCGCUCAGAUCAUCCACUGCGACAUCAAGCCGGACAACAUCCUGCUGAACGACCGGCGCGUCCCGAGGAUCACCGACUUCGGGAUCUCCAAGUUGCUCGGGAGCCAGCAGGUGCAUGCCACGGUCACCAACGUCAGGGGCACCAGAGGGUGCAUCGUGCUCGAGUGGCUCCGUGGCGACACGCACGUGGACACCAAGGCGGACGUGUACAGCUUCGGCGUCGUGCUCCUGGAGAUGAUCUGCUGCCGGAGGUGCCAGGAACCGGUGGUGUCGGACAUGCUGUAGGGCGCGGACGACGACGA